AUGGACGACCCCAACAAACUGGUGCUUUGGCUGAGAGCCGGCAGUGAUGGGCAGAGAAUGGGAGGCGACCCGCUUUCACACCAUUUAUUUAUGUUGCUGGUGCUCAAGGGCCAACAAAAUUCGAACUUGGUCUUCGAGGUCCGAACGGUCAGUGAAGCGAAGCCAGCGCCAGAUUUUAAAGCGGCCGGCCUACGCAAGCCGCCAGCAGCGGUUUAUCAAGAAGAAACAUAUACCCAUGAGGAUGACAUCGUCGAACUUCUAGAACGAUGGACACCAAGACGGAAGCAGACUGGAGCCGACGACGCAACAGCAGACCUGUUCCGCCACUUCGCAUAUUUUAUUAAGGACGUCAAUAAAUGUCCCCAGGCCCUCCUCGGUGAACUCCACCGACUUGACGAAUUUCUCGGCAAUUGCGGCACGAAAUUUUUGGCGGGCGAUGAGCCGAGCUUUAUCGACACUGUCGUGUUGCCCAGAUUGCAUACAAUUCGGAUAUCAGCGCAGGCCCUGAAAGACUUCUCGAUCCCCGACGACCUGCAGCAUCUUUGGGCUUACCUGGGGGGCGCCUACAAACUACAACUCUUUACGGCAACGUGCCCCUGUGAUCAGGAAAUCAUCCUGCACUGGGCGGAGCGCCCGGACACCUCGGAUAUUUCCUCGCAACGCCGCGCCGUACUCUACCGCGAAAAAUCGACAUUUACGUUUACGGUACCCGGCGAGAGUACGGUAUCCAGUUAUACA